AUGAAGAAGGCCCGUGCAGAGAGGGAUGCCUUAUUUGAGUUUGAUGCACCGCAAAUGAAAGACUUUAUGAAGAAAGAGUACCAGACACAGAAGAGGGUUAUAGAGAACUUAUUAGAAACACGAGGUAACCCGGGUGUACCACAGGAUCCUUCAAAGGAGGUCAAGAAGAAGUCAGUGAAAGUAUUAAAACCAGCACCCAGGAAGACUUUCUUCUCAGAGAUAUUCAAGAAGACUUCUACGGUGCAUAAGCCAGAAAUUAUCACGGAUAUCCCAGUACCAGAAGAGGAUUUCAAUGAGAGUGUGGAUGAUGGGUGGUUUAAGAAGAAAGAGAAUGAAUUAGAGGUAUUUUCAGAUAUUUCAGUUAAGGGUGUACAUAUACAGGAGAGUAACGUAUUAACAACAGACUUAUUUAUGAGUGAUGAGGAAGUAGAUAUUCUACCGCAGUUAAAGGUGAUGGCCACUCCACCCAUAAAGAAAAUGAAAAGGGACGUAUUACACUCAGCAGAAUUUAGUCAUGAAGAUAUUGAAGAAUUAACAAGGUCAUUUAAAGAGGCAGUGAAUGAAUAACUUAUUAUACAAUUAGUAAUAAGUAACAUAAUAUAGUACACCAU